AUGCCCUGCGUUAUAGCGCAACUAUUGAGGUCCUCCCUAGGCGAUGCCUCCAUCUGGAUCCCAGACGUGGCAGAACGAUCUCAUUCCCCUUUUCUAUUCAUGGAGAAUAAUCUCGGUGUACCUGAGAAGAACUUCGUCGGUCAUACCUCUUCGCCGGCCUCCGGACUUCAUACACUCGAGAAUCCAUCCAACCACACCACGUCUUCGGUGAUUCAAGACUUGAUCGAUUCUUCUGCUGUCCUCAUUUUGAUGAAUCCGGCUCACCAAACUGCGCUCAAUGCUAGAAAGAAACUUAUUGUGCGGAACCUCAUCAAUGUGGGGCAAGAACUCAAGGCGAGCUAUGGUAUCACAGGCGAUGGCUUCUCAACGCAUAUACCCAAUCCAAACUUUCCUCAAGGGUUGCUUGCUGAUAUAGUUCCUGAUUCACCAAAUUUCUACCUUCCCCCAAACGAUCUUUCUGUGGAAAUUAAUCUCGUCACUAGAGCUUGCGAGUUCUAUCCCCGCAACUAUUUUGGCUGGACCCAUCGUACUAUAUGCAUUCGGUCUGCACUCGUACCCGGGGUGCAUUCUACCACCUCAGAUGUGUUCACUGAAAAUUUUCCGAAAGAGAUCAUCAGCAUCAUGCAGUGGAUUGAGUCUCACAUCUCCGACUAUAGUGCUGUUCAUCACCUUAAAACUCUCGUACGUCUCACUGAAGAUGCGGAAAGCGCAUUCCUGCCAGACAAUCUACUUCCCAUAAUUGGACACGCUCUCGCGCUUUAUCUCCGCGUAUUUUGGGAUGAGAGGGAUGUCACUUCAGCGUUUGUUGCGUCAUUUGUGCUCCCCUUACAAAGUACCGGGACGGCCGAGCAGGAGAACAAGUCUCGUAGUGUGCAACAUGCCUGCCACGUCCUCGAGUGGAGGAAUCAGAGGUCGAAUUGA